UCUCCUCUUCUCGUAUCGUAUCGGGUCGUUUGUAACAGCCGAAGAGAGAAGAUGCAAUGGCGAAGGAACCAGAAGCAAAAUAAGGAAGCGGAGAAGCGUACCUCCGAUGCUUCGCCGUCCAGCUUCUCGCUCGCCCGCUUGCUUCCGUUCUCCUGGUUCGGUAAGCUCACCGCCUCCGCGUCCAAGUUCAGGCGGGGGAGUGAUCCCGCUGAGGCGUUCGCCGCCGUCGCUCCUCCGCCUUCACCUUGCCCGCCGACGGGUCCGAUGCCUCGCUCCGCGUCCGCUCGCCUGCUUGCCUUCUCCGACCGCUUCCCGCCUCCCCCUGCCAUCGAGGCGCCCCCCCGGCGUGCCUCUCUCGGGGGAGAGGGAAAAAACCGAGCGGGGGAUCGCUCCGAUCGCCACCGAUCGGUGGGCGAUAUCGAGCUCACCCUUGGUCACAUCAUCCCCUUCUCGCGUCGUGAAGCGCCGGCGCGGCGGGUGGAAUCGGAAUCAGGGAGCGAGGCUUCCGGCUGCGACCUCGGGAUAAGGCGGCGUAGGCCCCUCCGGCUCCGCAGGCGACGGCGGGUCCCGCCGGGUGAUUCGUCGGGCCUGAGGGAUGCGCAGCCGCGGCGGUCGAUCAGCGGGAAGAUUCGGCAGCGACCCAAGGUGAAGGUGCGUUCGCCUCGGCCGGCGGCGGCGAGGGCGGAGGUCGAGAGGACAAGAAUGGCGGUGCCGUCGGCGGCGGCGGAAAGAAGGAAGAGAAAUGCGGGGUUGGAGCGGUUCGCCGUGGUAAAAUGCUCCUGCGAUCCGCAGCGUGACUUCAAGGAAUCGAUGGUGGAAAUGAUCUGGCGGAAGGGAAUCGGGCGGCCGGAGGAGCUGGAGAGCUUGCUCGCCUGCUACCUCUCCCUCAACUCCGACGAGCAUCACGACGUCAUCGUCAAGGUGUUCCGCCAGGUCUGGUUCGAGCUCAACCCGGAGCGACUCCUCGCCGAACCAGACCGGCAACGCUGUUGACUACUUCAUUGCAAUUUUAACUCUCCUCGAUAAUUAAAAUAGUAAGAAAAUAUAUUUUUAUCUUCUAA